AUGGAAUUGCAGGGGGGAAUCCCUCUGCUAGUGCAACAGUACAAAGCAUUAUUGAAGAAAAAUUAUCUGCUAGCAUGGCGGAACAAGCCCGCCACAUUCCUACAGCUCUUCUCGUCCUUCUUCUUCAUACUCCUUCUCUUUGGUAUUAAAAAAUCUGAGGAAGUGCGUAAUCGUGAUUCCAGUUAUGCCAAGGACUUGCGCGAUCCACAGCCUCUCGUGAUGCCACCUAUCCCGCCCUGUGAGGACAAGUUCUUUAUUAAGAAACCCUGCUAUGAUUUCAUUUGGAGUGGGAAACGUAGUAAAACUAUCGGGGAUAUUGUCAAGAAAAUCAUGGCUAAUAAUCCUGGUAGGCCUAUUCCUCCCAAUAAGGUUCUAGCAUUUAACACCGUUGAGGACGUGGAUACAUGGCUAUUCGAUAAUCCUGUGCGCUGUCCUGGAGCUCUGCACUUUCGAUUAGUGAACGGGAGUAUCCAUUAUGGUAUUCAGACAAACUCCACAAAAGUAAUGAAACGAGGAAUAUCUGAAGAUCCAACUUUUAAGUUCCAAAUCCCGCUUCAAUUAGCAGCAGAACGCGAAAUCGCUAGGAGUGUGAUUAGAAAUCCAAAUUUCCCCUGGGAGGUCAGUUUUAAGGAAUUUCCACAUCCUGCUGGUAAAACAUUCAAUGAAGUGGGCUUAUCAGCAAUGGUCUUUUUCAUGGCAGUUGCUAUAUUUGGUUUUGUCUUACAAAUCAGUGCUUUGAUUACUGAAAAGGAACUCAAACUUCGACAGGCAAUGACUAUGAUGGGUCUUUUUGAUACAGCCUAUUGGUUGUCAUGGAUCACUUGGGAAACAAUCCUCAUAUUUUUCUCUUCUACGCUCACUGUGAUCUUUGGAAUGAUGUUUCAAUUUGAUUUUUUCUUGGGCAAUAAUGCGGUGAUUGUGUUCCUUCUGUUUUUCCUCUUCCAACUUACUAUGGUUUCCUUUGGAUAUUGGCUGUCGGCUUUCCUUAACAAAGCAGCUUCAGUGACAAAUCUGGCUUUCGUCAUCUUUAUUGUUGGUUUCAUUACUAUGUUUGUUUCACAGAUGGCGAGAUAUCCCUACAGCCCACAAUUUGCCAAACGCCAUAGGAUUUAUUGGUCAUUGUUCCCACCAAAUCUUCUUACGAUAGGUCUUCAGUUACUUAUGGACGCAACUGAAAGUCCUAAAGAUCCUGGUAUUAACUGGAGUAAUAUGGCAAAGUGUUUACCCAGAAGCCCAGGCUGUGUAACUACCAUGAGUGAUGUGUUUAUACUGCAUGUGAAAACAUUUUUUUUCUGGUUCAUUCUGGCUAUAUACUUCGACAACAUAAUUCCAAAUGUAUCUGGUGUGAGAAAAUCAAAAAUCUACUUCCUGUAUCCUGGUUACUGGACUGGAAAUGGUGGAAGUAAUGUGAAAGAGGGAGGAAACUGUAGCUUAUGUUCAGGCUCAUUGCCAAAGCUGGAAACUAUUACACCAGAUGAUGCAGACGUUCUUACCGAAGAAAACACUGUUAAAAAGCAAGCUAUGGAAGGUGGAAAUUCCAACAAUGCAGUUCAAAUACGCGGUCUUGUUAAGACAUAUCCUGGAAAGUCUACAGGUGGUUGUUGCUGCUGCUGCUGCAGAAAAAAAACUCCUCCUUUCCAUAGUGUCAAGGGCUUAUGGAUGAACGUCGAAAAGGAUCAGCUGCUUUGUAUGCUUGGGCCCAAUGGAGCUGGCAAAACUACUACUGUAAGUUGUUUGACUGGGAUUAACCCUGUUACACAAGGAGAUGCAUCUGUAUAUGAUCAGUCCAUACGAAGCUCUAUGGGCAUGACAAACAUUCGAAGGAUGAUGGGAGUUUGCCCCCAGUUUGAUAUUCUAUGGGAUGCUUUAUCUGGACAAGAGAACCUUCAGAUUUUUGCCAACAAUAAAGGUCUACCGCCUGCUUCAGUAGACACGGUGGUAGCACAACUAUUAUCUCAGUCAAAAAUCACAAAGGUGUCUGCCAAGAUGAGAUCUUGUAGUUACAGUGGAGGAAUGAAACGACGACUUAGUGUUGCUAUAGCCCUUAUCGGAGAUCCAAAGUUGGUUAUUUUGGAUGAACCGACUACUGGUAUGGAUCCAAUAACUAGAAGGCAUGUUUGGGACAUAAUUGAGAAAGCAAAAAAAGGGCGUGCCAUUAUUUUGACAACCCAUUCAAUGGAAGAAGCUGACGUCUUAAGCGACCGCAUUGCUAUCAUGGCAAAGGGAAGGCUUCGUUGCAUUGGAACUUCCAUAAGAUUAAAAUCAAAAUUCGGAACUGGUUUCAUUGCUAAUGUGGGCUUAUCUACUGAAAAAGCAUCUCAACCUGAAGCUGUGAAACAGUUCUUUAAAAGCCGCUUGGAUGUGGUGCCUACAGAUGAAAAUAAGUCCAUCCUAACCUAUGUUAUUCCUCAUGACAGGGAGAAGCUUUUGACGGAAUUCUUUGCUGAGCUUCAAGCUAGAGAAAGUGAGUUCGGUAUAAGAGACGUCCAGUUAGGUCUUACAACUCUUGAAGAAGUUUUCAUGAACAUAGCUAAACAGGCAGAUGUGGAAACUGCAAUAGCUGAAGGAAGAUUUUCAACUCUUACGUUGAAAUCAGGGGAGUCUAUUGAAGUACCAGCGGGAGCGCGAUUUGUGGGAAUUCCAGGAACAAAAUCUCCACAGAAUCCCGGAGGUGUUAUGGUGGAAGUAUAUUGGGAGCCAGAUGAAAAUGGUGGUAUUUGCAUUUCUGGCCUCUCAGAAGAAAUGCCAAUACCACCUCAAAUUCAACUAAGGGAUCCUCCAAAUACCACAUCAGCUAAACCCCAAGGAAUUGUAAUUGACCCUUCACUACUCAAAGUGCUGUAGUCAUGCAUGACAAAAAAAAUUACUAGGAAAUAGUAGCACUGAGGUACGUAAACUCAGAUAAAGUAAGAGAUCGUAAGUGUCCAACUUGAAUAGUAUUAUACUACUAGCCAG